UAUACAUAUGUAGCGCUCCCGCUUUUACAACGCGCGCCAACAACAAAUUCCUUGGUAUUGAUUUGUUUACAAGGAUUGGGAUGGGAGAAUUGGAUAUUGUGCUAUAUUAUUAUACUAUAUAUAUCUCAACAACCUUGUCAAGACUGAAAACGAUUUGGAGAUAAUAAUCGUACCUAAUUACCACCUUCCGUGUUGAGGUGUUUAUCAGUUAAUCGUGCCAGGCAAAGUUUAGCCCCUGGAAGUUUUAGGGGUCUUUUAAGCUUAAUUACCCGUGAAGCGAGACGUAUUAUCGAUUGCAAAGUCCUUCCGUGAUUCGACACACUGGAUAAACGAUCUCGUAACUUGAUAAGAAUAAAAAAUGUGCAGUGAGACUAAAAUGUGUGUCAGUUGUACGGAUAUCACGAUGCAAAGAUUUAAAACCGCGUAUCGUACUUUGGUGAAAGUGAUGACUAAUUAAAAGUAUUAUAGAGAAGAAUAUUUGCCAGUCAUGUAUGGGAUGUUGCAAACUGUUUAUCAGGCGAGUUCUACGGCAUGGAAGGCGGUAAGCUGGAGGCUAUGCCUCCUGGGUUGGUCCAUCUGGACACAGUAAGGGCCUUGCAUCAGACUGUAGUCUCCCUUCGUACUGCCCUGGAAUUGUCAAAGAGUGAACUAAAGGAAUUGAAAGAAAAGUACAAAGAACAGUCACGGUGUUUAGAACACACAGAUAUUAUAGAGCAGCUCACUAUUGAAAAUCACAUUUUAAGAAGGAAAAUUAUUGAUGGUGAAAGUCCACAAAACAUUAAUUAUUCAAGCAGUCCCAAUGUUGAAGAAUAUAGCAAUACAUAUAUAAGAACAGUUACCGGCGAGAGUACAGAAGAUAUAGAACAGCUACAAGAACCCCAAUUUGACAAUAAGUUAGAGGAAAUUAUUGAAGAGACCUCUAUAUCAAAUCAAUCAGAGACAUCUGAAAAUAAGGAAGAACCAAAAAGUGAAGUAAAAGUAAUAGACAAUACAAAUUUCAAAACUAAACUAGAACUGUUAUCAAAAUUUGAUGUAAAAAUUAAAGUAACCACUUUAAAAGAAGGUUUGUCUACAACUACCUCUGAAACAGAUUCAACAAUUGAAGAAAAAGUAAAUCCAACUGCUGAUACAGAAUUUGAAGAGAAAAGGGAACAUUUUGAAAAGUUUGAAACUCCUAGUGGUGAUAAAGUGAAUAUUAGGACUGUGUCAAGUGAUAAUAUAAAAAUGGCUGUUCCCAGUGAGGCAGAUAACAAAAAAGAUAAAUUUGAUGUUCAGGUGAAGAUCACUUCAGAGGAUAAUGUUGUUGUUAAAGAGUCUAUGGAAAGAGCCAAAAGAAAGGAGACUUUUAACUUAGAUGUGGACACUUUGAGCCUCAGAUCAAUGUCAGAAGGAGAUAACUCAGUGUUCUCUGAGGGGACUACACCUAUGGAGAACAGUGCUGUUGAUGAGAAGCAGGAUCAAGAAAAUAGUGGGAAUGAGUCUGAAGAAGUUGAUGAUAUAGAACUGAUAUUUACCACAGACGAGUCAAAGGAUAUUAGUAAUUUACAGGAGGAUCUCGUCUCGAUACGUGAUUCAGAUCACUGGACCCCCGGUUCGGCGUCAACACACUCGACCCCAGUGCUCAUAAAGUUCCAUACCCUCGAUCCUGACUUUCAACCUGGCCCAAUGACCAAGGGCAAUAUCGACCAUUUGAAAAUGAAGAGAGUCUCUCUGCCAAACGACAAAGAGUUUAAACUAAAGGGGAGUUUAGAUUUGCCUGGGCGUGGUAUUCUGAAGAGUUUUAGCAAUAAGUCUGAUAAUAUGUUGUAUAGAAGAAGUCCAAAUGCCAGUACUAGAAGAUUGGACAGCGUGGGCAGUCUUGACCAUACAAAGUCUUCUAGCUUUGAAUUAGGAUCCAGCAUGGAUAUCCUUCAUCGUGAAGCGAGCGUCGAUAGUGUUCGAUCGAGAUUUGAUAGGUUCUCGGUGUUUGGGGAAACUGAUAUAUCGAAAUGUGGUAUAUCUGAAGAUGACUUGGCUGCGAAUUUAAAUUUGAGGAGGAAUACGUGCCCCAACCCGUAUCAGCACAGAUUACAACCAUCUCGUUUAUCAUCACGCACAGCAAAACCAAGUGCCGGACGCGUUCGACCCAUCCUUCGCGAAAGUUACGGCCCGCGCAGAGAGGGCUCCGCUCAGACGGACAUGUCCGCCUUACCACCGCGAUGGACCUCAGAUGGAUAUCUUGCUUAUAAGAUGUCUCCUCCACCCGGCGUUGUGCCAACUUUGCCCCAACGAGCUAGUCCCGCCCGACGUCUCGCGGUACCAGAGAAAGCUCCAAUCCAACGCCGUUCUGAUGAAGCAAGGAGGGUUCUACUAAGCGACAUUGGAUUCACAUCAAUGGUACCAGAAUUGUCACGCUCAGCUGAACCAUUAUGGACUCUACGAAGAGCCCAACAAUCUUCAGAUAACAGGUACACCCGGGGAUCGUACCGUUCGCCCAGUGCGAGUGUUGAGCGAAGUUCAGAGUGGACUCCGCACCAGCGUCACACUUCACGAGGUGAGUGUAUGUCCUGGCGCGGAUCUUUACCGGAUGUCCGGGAUGACACAGACACUCUCCUCCGGGAUACAGAGACAUUCUUACGUCGCUCCAUUGACAAUUUGCGCUCUACUUCACUCGAUCUGGAUGCCCCGUUUGAGAGAACGGGUCAGCCGUAUAUCCCCGGUGAGCCGAAACAAUUGCGCUUGGGGCACACUGUUAAACUCAUUACUCCGCAGGGCAGAUUGGCUGUAGGCAGAGUCAGAUACGUGGGCAUAGCCGGUGGAACUGCCGCAAACAGCGGCAUUGUUGUUGGCGCUGAAUUCUCCUGUAUGGAAUAUCCGGGACUCCCCCGUAAUGACGGUACAUACCGGGGCAGACGAUACUUCCUUACUCCACCUCAAUAUACUGCCGUUUUUGUACCAUUCUCCAAAAUAGUCAUGGCAUGGGCUAAUUAAAAUCAUAUUUGCAUAUAUGGCAUCGAUUCCGGAUCGAAGGACCAUCACUUAGAAUCCGUACAUGAUUUUGUAAGUAUGAAAAUUUCAUAAUAAUGACAUACGUUAAAUGGUACCUUAUUUAAUUGGUAUUUUAAAAUCACAGAAAUUGAUAACAUCCCCUUAUAAAAAAGUGCCCAUGUUCGUCUAUCAAAUUUUGUCAUCGUCGUGGUAAGCGUACGUAAGAGUGAUUUAAGUAAUUAUAAUUUAUUUUUUAUAAGGGGUACUAUAGCUAGCGGACAUGACAGACGUUGUCCUGCGUGUUAUUUGAAGCGAUUAGGAUAUUAAACAAAGUAUGAUAGUGCCCACUGUAGCGCCAUCUGAAUCUUUUUAAAUCGGUGAAGACGUUUAGGAGGAGUUCAGUGACAUAGUAGCAAUAUAUAUAAUGUUGUACAUUAUAUAAAAAAAUUAAACGUACGGUUUUUCAAAUUUGAUGUAAAUUUGUAGAUAAAAUAUGUACUUAAAAUGAGUUUGUCUCUUUCGAAUCGAGAGCCAAAAAGGCUUCUAACUCGAAUACUUAAAUAAUUAGCCGAUUGCAUAAAAAUUGGUACUAAUUUGAUGUUGAGUCAAAAUGUUAAGCGAAAUAUUGGAAAAUAAAGUAUUUUAAGAAAGAAAGAUAAUCUUAAGAUCUUAAAUAGGUCCUAUGUAAGCAAAAAUCGCUCAGUUUAUGAUUAAGGCCUAAUAUCGGUAUUUAAAGGUAAUUCUAAUAGAAAUUAUUAUACUUGAUUACUUAACAGGCAUUUUGUGUCUAUAGGAGGUUUUCGGGGUGCAGGUUUUCGCCCUUAUAACGAUACAAAUACAUAAAUAAAAGAAACAAAUACUAAUAAAAAAAAUUAUUUAAUUAUGUCGCGCUUCAUAACUUCAUUAAAAUUUUGUUUUUCAAAGACCAGUGUUGGUAUAUCGUAAAUGCCAGUAAAAAUUAAGAUCCAAACUUUUUGUACUGAACUGUACCAAUAAUGCGACUACAGCGAAUUGUAACAAUAUUGGUACAAAUUGGGUACAAAAAGCCUUGGUACUUAGGAAAUUCUAGUCUUCUUUAAUAGAACUUUUAUUAUUUAUUCAAACUAGAUGGCGCUUAAAACAAUUAACUCGCACUUGCUUGUACAAGUGAAGACUAUGAAGGAAUUGAUCAAUUUUAAUAAUUAAAAGUUUCCAAUUAAGUUACUUUGAUAUCCGAAUAUCUCCUUGACAACAAACCUAAUUUUAUAUGAAUUUUCGAUGUAUUUUCAGUGAGAUCUCUUAAACAGUUACUUUGUUAGGUAACAUUUUUGACGUAUUUAUGACUGUGUUACUAUUUGUAAUCGUCAUAUCAGUAGAAUAGGAACUAUCAAUAAUUGAUGUUAAUAUAGAUUUUCAAUUAUUACACAUAUGAAUAAUGCAUUCAAAUCAAAAAUAUUUUUAUUUAUCAAUCGGUAAAGUUAAUUAUUAUUUUUUAUUUAUUGUUUAUCUAUAUUUGGUUAUCCACAUUUAUUAGUUCUAUAGAGCUUCCAUAGAUGGCGUAUAUAUUAAUGGGAUACAAAACUUUGCCAUCUUCGGUGUGUCAAAAUUGUAUUUGACAUACGGGAGUCAUUUAGGCGAUAAUCUUGGCUCUGAUUUUUGAAUCACAAUAAACUUAUUUAAAAACAAGUCAAUGUGUAAUAAUUUAAAAUAAACUUACGUGUUCAAUGUUGAUCGGCUAGUUGUACGCAUAAUGUGUGUAGUAAUAUAUGCCUGAAUAGGGAAAAGGCUAUUCUUGAAUAAUGUUUAUAACUUCAAAAGAAUGUUAUUAAAAAAAUGAUCUAAGCCGUGCUUCAAACAUCUUUUUCUUCGUAUUUAUGGAAUAUGAAGGUAAAAUAGAUGUUCAAGUAUAUAUGUAUUUAUAUAAAUGUAGGUGUAAAACGUUCUUUGGGGGAUGUAUGCAUUUAUACCCAAUUAUAUUAUAUAUAUAGUAUGUACUAUGUACCCUUUGUAUCCUUAUAAUAUUGAGAAAUUUGUAUGUAUCUCUGUGCAUAUUUGUAAAAAUAUUAUUUGACAAUUGUUUUGUGAGAUUUAAUAUCAUUUUUAGGUAUUGUCAAACGUCAAACUUGACAGUUGACAGUGCUCAAAGAGGUUUUGCUAUCUAAUAAGUUUACGGCGAUAGUUUUCUCUUUAACAAAACUAUUUUAAUAACGCCUAGGGGUAAAAUAUAACGGUGUUGCAACUUAAUAUCGAGCAGUGGUAUAAAAACCUUUCAUUGCCCAGAUUCAUUUCUUUUUGUUUAUUGCAAAACACAAUAAGAAUUUCACAACAAAGGAAAAAAGUUAUUUGUUUUUCUAUAUUAACAAAUUCUGUGUUCCAUACAAGAAAAACACAGACUUUUUUUCGUUGUUUUGAAAUUUAUGUAAUGUUUACGGAUUAAUUUAUGCUCUCUUAUCUCAAAAGGUAUGCGAAGAAAUAUUUACAUAUAUAUUUUAAACAUUUAGGUUUUGGUGCUCAAUUUUUCUCUUGUAAAGCGUACAUACGUUAAUCUAGUCAUUAUUUUCAUAUAUUAGAAGUAUAAUUAUUAGAAAAUGUGUCUUACUAAAUCUUAGGAAAUGCGGCGAGUUUGGAGGUUAUAGCAAAUAUUAAAAUGCUUAUUACAGACGUUUCGGUCAAAAAAAGUAGUUUAAUUAUUAAUUACAAAAAAGUUCAUAUGAACAAAGUUGUCAAAUAAAAAACACAUUUUUUUUUUCAAAAUUUAUCAGUUUGUCAAAACUUCAUUGACACCAUUCAUAUACUUAUAUAAAUAUAAUAUAUUUAUUUAACGACUUGAGAAUCAGCUAAAUAUUUGGUGUUAUUCUGAUAUUUGCAUUAACCUUGGUAAAUAGGUUUAAAAGCUUGAGGAGGGUUGUAAGCACAAACACACAUUAGGUUUAUAGAUGGUUAUUGUGACUGAUUCUGUAUUCAAUCAGUAUUAUUUUAGGACCAAAAACUUAUUUAAAUGGUUGUUGUAAAAAAUUAUAUGAAUUUUUGUUUUUAUGCUCACAAUGUUUAGUCAAAUAGCCAACUUUAUUAGUUCGUUGUUUUGCAUAUUCAUAUAAAGAUAUUUAAAGAAUUGUGCCAAAAUUAUUGGCCUUUUUUCGUGUAAAGUUAUUUAUUUUUUGUUAUCUGUAUAUUUUUUAAGAUUUACCAGAUGUAAUCCCAUUUAAAUUGUGUGUGUAGAUAUGUAGUCUUAGUAUUUCUCACCUACUCUCUGUUAUGGAAAUAAAAAAUCUAUUUUAAAUAUUGUAUGAAAUGUAUGUUAACUGUAUGAUAAUAAAUGGGAAAAAUAAAAUGUGUUUUAUUAGGAUUUAAAUUAAACAACAAGGUAUGUAACAAAUUUUUAAUAACAAUAACAAUAAAACCAACAACGUAACAUAUAGCGAACGAUAGUUCAUAGUGAUAGAAAAAGAGAAGUAGAAAAG